AUGGCGGACGAGGCGACGCUCCAUGUCCACAGCGGCAUCCCGCUGCUGCGGAAGCGGCUCAAGGAGGAAUACCAUGCUCUGAUUAAGUACGUGGAAAAUAACAAACAAGCUGACAACGACUGAUUCAGAAUUGGCACAAGGUGGUUCAGAAAAUGUUAGUACAUCCAUGAACUCCUGAAGUAUGAAUUUGACAUUGAGUUUGACAUUCCGGUCACGUAUCCCACGACGGCACCGGAGAUCGCUGUCCCAGAGCUGGACGGGAAAAUGGCUAAAGUGCACAGAUUUUAUUGGGAUGCAUCACAGCAUGACAACUACACCAUUGUGAGCCGGAUAUCAAAUAAUGAUGAGAUGGAGUACAGGAAGAAGAUCGAGAACCUUGUGUCUUGGGGUCGAGAUAACAACAUUUCUCUCAAUGUCAGCAAGACAAAGGAGAUAAUGAUCGACCUCAUGAAGCGAGCCGAUGUCUCCAGCAGCUUUCUCCCGGUACCACAAUCCACCAUACCUUCGGGUCUUCUGAGUGGGUACCCAGGUCUGCAAUCGGCGAGCCUUCAGGCGGAUUCUGUGGUCAGCUGA